GGACUCGACUCUCCUCCAGUGAAUGCUGUGAAUGAAUGUGCACAGCUAGCUUUGGAAAUGUUGUCACUCUCAGAAUGAUAUCUCAGCGGGAGAAAGGAGAAUUGGCUCGUUUUUAUACUGUCACGGACCCCAAAAAGCACAAGAAAGGCUACACAGUGUACAAAGUGACUGCAAGGAUCAUCUCAAGAAAGAAUCCAGAAGAUGUCCAAGAGAUAACAGUUUGGAAAAGAUAUAAUGAUUUUCGCAAACUUCAUCAAAACCUGUGGCAGCUGCACAAGAAUGUUUGUAGCCAGUCUGAGCUGUUUCCUCCAUUCGCCAAAGCAAAAGUUUUUGGUCGUUUUGAUGAUUCAGUGAUUGAGGAGCGAAGACAAUGCUCAGAGGAUUUACUUCAAUUUUCUGCUAAUAUCCCUGCUCUCUACAACAGUCAGCACAUUCAGGAGUUCUUCAAGGGAGGGGAGGUCCACGAUGGCUCAGAGCUAAUAGGACCUGCAGAACCGCUGUCUGACCUUCUAACAGAUACUUUGUCAGACUGCAGCUCUGAUGUACAAAGAGAUUUUAGUGGUGCAGAGGAUUUGACUCUCACUUCGGAUUAUGGAGGCCCAUCUAGUGACAGUGAUCUGACCUCCCUUGCUGUAGAUACUGACUCUUUGGCUGAGAUUGAUGAUGGCAUGGCCUCAGGCCGCACAUCCCCAAAUAUACCACAAGGGGGAGCCAUUACCAUUAGCAGCAGUUGUAGCCCUCGCUUGCCUUCCUUGCAUGACCGUCGAAGCCCAUCUCCUGCCCCUGUGCCAGCUUCUUCAGCCCCUAACCUAGAGGUCACCUGGGCAACCAAAGCUCAGCUUUUUUCAGGAAGUGUAAAAGGAACAAACAGUGGAAACUCAAAAGACGUAAAGUCUGAUUAUCUGGACAAAGCCAGUGAGCUCAUCUCACUAGCUGUACAGAAAGAGAAAGAACAGGACUACCAGGCUGCUUUCUCCUAUUAUCGAAGUGGAGUGGACCUGCUUCUACAGGGAGUCCAAGGUGAACCAAGUGCCACACGGCGUGAGGCAGUAAAGAAGAAGACUGCAGAGUAUCUGAUGCGAGCUGAACAAAUUUCCUGUCAGCAUCUGAAAAGCAACAUGGGACAAGGAUCAACACAAACAGUGGCCAUGGCAGCUCAGUGUUGCCCUUCUUCAAGUAGAGAAAUCUCACAUCCUUCAGCAGAAGAGCUCAGAGUCUAUAGAGUGUUGGGGAUUAUUGAUAAGGUUCUUCUGGUCAUGGACAAGCGAACACAGGAGACGUUUAUUUUGAAAGGACUGAGAAGAAGCAGCGACUGUGGAAGGUCCAAACGGAUCAUCAUGCCUCACUCUGUUCCUCACAUGGUGCAGCUCAAAACCUUUAUUGUUUCUGAAGACACAGUUUUUCUUUUACUGCAGUAUGCUGAAGGUGGUAAGCUGUGGUCUCAUGUUGGAAAAUACCUGCGCACCUCCAGCCCAGACGAAAGUUUUGACAUUCCCUUCAUCCAGAAAAGCCACAUAACGGCUGUGCACUCUCCCCAGCAUGCUUCAUCACAGGCGGGGGAGGCCAGCACAGACUCUAUAGCAGGACUGCCUAAAGAGGGAGAGACUAUCUUUACAUGUCCUCUCAAAAGUGCGCUCCCACCACGAGUCGAGGAGCUAUCCGGAGCCCAGUCUGAUUCAACACCUACUUCUGAAGAUGAGUGCUCCAAGGACACACACGAGGACCAGGUCACCAACAGUUUUUUAGCUCUGUGCAUUGAGUAUGAACAGGAGAAGGUAGAAGUAGAUGCCCUGGUGGAGGAGGAGAGGAGUGAGCAGGAGAUCUUAUCACUGGAGGUGCCUAAUGCGACCACCUCAUCUCGCUCCCGCUCUCUGCUCAGUAAUGACAGUCUGUCGUCACCCAUCAGCUCUCAGGAGCUGGGCUUCUUCACAGAGUCGUCGGACAGGAGCGCUCUGACACAGGAUACUGAGGGGCCGGACCACAGUGAUGUGUUCAGCCCUCUGCCCUCUCCGGCUGUGCCUCUGUCCUUAGAUCAGUCCAAGCACACGCCCAUGGAGUUCUUCCGCAUUGACAGUAAAGACAGUGGCAGUGAGGUGCCCUGUGUGGAGAUGUCCCACAAACAGCUGGCACUGUUCUCCACCUCAGACCUGGGCUCUGAGGCCACAGAGGAGCUUCCUGAGCUGGCUCAGGAAGUGCAGCCUCGAUUGGAGGUGUGGGGCCUGGAGGAGAGUGACAAAGACUCUCAUGAGUCCAUCCCUGUCAUCUCCUUUAAAGAAGCCAUAGUGCAGGAGGAGGGCCAGCCCCCCGACCUGCUGGUCAACCUGCCUGUAGUGACCGGAGCUGUGGACUGUUCUCAGGAGGAGACCGACUCCUCUGGGGUUUUUCUGGGUCUAGAAGUUUCAGUUUCUCCUCAAAAGUCCAUUCAGCCUGAUGUUUUACAGCGCCACAGCCAGCCCGAGGAAGAGGAGGAGGUUUUGUCCUUCUGCACAGCUUCUGCCACAGGAGACACCACGUCCUCCUCCCCAUUCAUGUCCUUAUGGGACAACUUCAGCUUAGCAUACGGAGAAGAGGCUUCAGAGAGAAUGGACAUCACAGGCCAAAAUGACUCUACUCUGUCAGUGAGUGACUCUUUAAGAGAAACACUGGAGUCUUGUUCAUUGAACCAGGACAGUCCUGACCACAGUGUGAGCUCUGUGCCCCCCAGGACUGACCCUGAGGUGUCAGAGGCCACAGAGAGUGAGCUAGGCCCAGACCACAGCUCUCUCUGCGCUCAGGAGACUGGGCUCGGUGAGUUUGAUGGACAUGUGUCACGGCUGUUUGCAGAGCUGCAAGAGCUCUCUGAAGCAGCAUCUAAAGCCCUCAUCCCAGAGGAGUUUGUGCGGCGCUGGGCCUCAGAGCUGGUCACAGCCCUGGACUCUCUGCACCAAGAGGGCAUCCUAUGCAGAGACCUCAACCCCAACAACAUUCUGCUCGACCAUCAAGGUCAUAUUCAGUUGACAUACUUCUGCAGCUGGACUGAUGUGGAGGAGUCAUGUGACAAAGAGGCUGUGGCCAACAUGUACUGUGCACCAGAGGUCGGAGGUAUCAGCGAGGAGACGCCAGCCUGUGAUUGGUGGAGCUUAGGUGCAAUCCUGUUUGAACUUCUAACAGGCAUGUCUCUGCUGAGGUGCCAUCCCGCUGGAAUCGGUCGGCACACGGCGCUCAAUAUUCCCGAGUUUGUUUCAGAGGAGGCCAGAUCUCUGCUUGAACAGCUCCUCCAGUACAACCCCACAGAGCGACUGGGGGCCGGAGUGGGAGGAGUCGACGAUAUCAAGUCCCAUCCCUUUUUUUCCAAAGUGGACUGGGCCACACCUGAUGCAGCUACAUAAACACCAGGAUGUACACUAUAUUUGAUGAAGUUGCCGACUUUAUUUUUAUUUCACAACUUUGAUGCAGGGAUUGUCUUACUGUUUGUGCAAUAAUUUAUGUGUUGACAUUGUGUUUUCAUAGAUUUUAAUUUAAUUUUACACUCCUUGUAGCAUCUCACAGCCAAAAGGACAACAUUUUAUAAACUCACUGUAGGCUGUUUGUUGAUUAGAGUGACUACGUCUUUCUCCUUUCUAUUCAAUAUAUCACGUCAUUUCAAUGCAUAUUCAACCUGUUCUUUAAAAAUGGCAUUAUAGACAUUUAAUUGAGCCCAUUGUAAGUGCCACCAUAAUGGACUCUAUGCAAGCCAAAAUGAUCAAAGAUGACGCGUGUGUAUCGGUGUAUGGCAGUAAAUUAUUAUGUACUGAAUAUGUUGUAAUAGUGUUAGAGGGAUAAAUGUUAAAUAUAUUGUGAUUACAGUUAGGGACAUUAUGACACAAAAAGCCAAGGAUAAAAACAUGUUUUCAACCAGCCCUUUUUCCAAUUUUUUUAUGAAUGGUAAAUUUUCUGUAAUACAAAAUCAUGUGCAUGCAAGAAUAUGAUUGUGUAGUGAAGUUUGUGUAUUACAAGGACAAAGCUAACAAUAAUAAUGUACACUGCAGAGCGCCUAGCCAAGAAACCAACCACUAUCUAUAAUAAAAACAUGUAUUUUCUUUUCCUAAUACUGUACGUCACAAAUGUCUUAACAAUCAUGUUUAUUGCCAACAAUGACUGAACAAUAUUAUCAUAAUUACUUUUACAACUCCAAAUGGUAUAAUGUUCUAUAAUUCUACAUCUAUUCAUAUUUAUUUUUUGCUUACUCAUGUGCGUGGUACCUGUCUGUUUCAUCUAUGGAUGCACUGAGACCAAUAAACUAACCUGGAUGAGA